AUGGGUUCACGCGCGGCAGCCGGUUUCAAAGGCCAAUUUGACAACUUCGAGAAGACGCAACCUGGAUACUAUGGCGAACUAGGUUCGAUGGUCAUUCACCAAACACUCUACAAUUUGUUUCCAUUUUCGUCCAUCGAUGUAGACAGCAUCGCGCCGCUCACUUAUACGGACUUCAUCAAUCGCAUAUUAGUGCCCGAGGCUGCUUUGGCGCUCAUCAUGGAGGACAUGGGACAAGGUCUGGAGGAGGCUGCUCGUACUAUGCAUCACAGCGCCGCGUACGGUGUAGCGAUGUUUCCUGACAGUGGG